UGAUGGAGUUGAUUUACCGAAGGCGACCCCCGAACUGGGAGUAGGUCUAAACAAUAUGGAGCAGAUAUUCAGUCCAAUUGAAAUGAUGUACCAUGACAAGAAGGAAUUUGCCCGUGGCUAUAACUAUAUAAAUAGAGACGAAUCCCUCCCUCAAGAAAAGUCUAUUACUUAUACUAAACAGUUACGUCCAUUACUUAUACUAAACAGUUACGUCCAUUACUUAUACCAAAAAGUUACGUCUAACUAAGUAUAGUAAAGAAAGCAUCUGUUUAAGUUUUUCAUACGUUAAGGGAUCAUACUAAGAUAGUUCUUUAAUGGCUGAAACUGGAUUCUGGCAAAGUACUCUAAGCAAAUUUACAGUUAGUCUUGUUAAUCCGACCGCCCAUUCAUCCGCCUACAACAUACCUAAUGCUUUUCUUGGUGACAUACUUGAAAGCUCGAUCCUUAUUCAGAAUGCCCUGACUGGAAACUCUCAUGAGGACGAAUUGAAUUCCAGUUCGGAAGAGAUAAAAUGCCUUGGGCAUUCACUUGAAACAAAGUUGGCUAACCCUGAUACGAAAUUAUUUGUCUUAGACAGCCAAAAGUAUAUAAUCAGCUUGAAUCCAUCAAUAAUCAAUUCUGUUUUAAUGGCAUUAAAGCAAUUCCGGAUGCGUGCCCAUUUCAAAGAAGUAUUUGAAAUUAAAUUCAAUUCUAUCCUUUUCAAACUUAAUUUACAAUCGUUCGCAUACCUAUUUGAAUCCACUAUUCUUCCCCUUGGCUACAGUUUUGCUCAACUCAGCGAAAACUACUACGACAACCUUGGUGCUUUAAACACUUACUUGAUUAUCUUUGGCACUCAAUUUAUUACUUCGCAGCUGAAAAAUUGGUUUUUUUUUGCAAUCCUUCUGGGGGUUUAUACCCAAGCAAGGCCAAUGAUUAUCCAGUUAGGUAAAUUGUUUGAGAAAUUGAUUCUCACCUCAUAUUUCACAAUGGGUGUUGCGACUUUUGGACUCCUAUCUAUAAGUCCAGACUCCUUGAUCAAAUUCUUCAAGAAUUGCCUUGUUAUUGUGCUUGUUAGUGUUUCGUUGUAUCUGGUUUAGUAUUCGCAUUUCUCUUUCUGGUUGAGAAACUCCGAGUUUCAGUAGUUAGGAUAAGCUUUGAAACAAAGGGAAUCCAUUACCAAUUUUGAAUUUAAUUGAACUUUUAGAACCCCUAAAGACCCUCUCAAUUUGGGAAAUACCGGAAUCCUUGAAUGGAGGGCCCCG